AUGAGUCUCUUGCGGUCCAGCGUCUGCAGAGCAUGUCGCCGCUCGCAGCAAAUUCGCUGGCAUAGAGGCCUUGCGACGGCCAGCAAUCAGUCAUAUGAUAACCGGGUUAGGCUCGUCGAGGUUGGGCCUCGGGACGGCCUGCAGAAUGAGAAGAAGGCAAUCCCGUUGGAGACCAAGAUUGAACUUAUCGAACGAUUGGCCCGAACUGGAGUUUCUACAAUUGAAGCUGGAUCCUUUGUUGCUCCAAAAUGGGUGCCUCAGAUGAGCAACUCCAGCGAAAUAUUGCAGCACAUCCUCGACGGAAAGGUUUCUUCUCCUGGCCCGAUCUCAUACUCCUUCCUAGCACCCAAUGGCAAGGGCCUCAAAUCUGCCGCCGAUGUCCUCAGUGCGAAUAGCGGAAAGUUCGCAACUCAACUAGAGCCAGCAUCUGGAGCCGCGGCCGCCACCAAGCCAGCUGUUGAAGUCGCAGUCUUUGCUGCUGCCACCGAGAGCUUCACGCAGAAGAACCUCAAUUGCGAUAUCAAGACAUCGCUCGAACGCUUCAAGGAGGUGAUUAGGGAUUCCAAGGCUAUUGGUCUCCGAGUGCGCGCCUACAUUUCUGUAGUCCUAGGAUGCCCAUUCGAAGGGUUCGACGUUGAUCCUCACAAAGUGGCCGAGAUUGCUACCGACCUUUUGGAGGCUGGAGCGGAUGAGAUCUCACUCGGAGACACUACAGGAAUGGGUACAGCACCUCGAACCGGAGCUCUCCUCCAAUGCAUGUCUGCAGCUGGUAUUCGAACUGAGGACAUUGCCAUGCACUUCCACGAUACAUAUGGCCAAGCUCUAGUGAACACAGCUGUAUCCCUAGAGCACGGCAUUCGGACGUUCGAUAGCAGUGUUGGUGGUCUGGGGGGCUGUCCUUACAGCCCUGGCGCGACCGGUAACGUUUCAACAGAAAACAUGGUUUACUUCAUGGAGACUCUGGGUAUGGACACUGGCAUUAAUCUGGAUGCUAUGUCCGACAUUGGAGACUGGAUCACAAAAGAGUUGGGUAAGGAAAAUGGCAGCACCGUAGGCAAAGCAGUUCUUGGAGCUCGGACUCGAGCUAUGCAAAGGAAAGCUAAAGAGGAAGCUUGA